UUACUCCCAGCUAUCAAAGGCACGGCUAACGACACUCAUCGUCCUAACUGCAAUGUCGGGCGUCGCACUCUCCCCCUUGCCAGCGACAGUCCCCGUCCUCCUCUCCACCGCCCUGGGCACAUUCCUCUGUUCCGCCUCUGCAAACACCUUCAACCAACUCAGUGAAGCGCCGUUCGACGCACAGAUGGUGCGUACACGCAACCGCCCUUUGGUGCGGCGUGUCGUCUCCCCCUCCCACGCAGCAGCAUUCGGCACCGUCUCCGGCCUAGCAGGGAUCGGUAUCCUCUGGGCCUGCGUAAACCCGCUCACAGCAGCGCUAGGAGCAUUUAACAUCUGGCUCUAUGCCGGCCUCUACACGCCCAUGAAACGGAUGCACAUAGCCAAUACCUGGGUCGGCGCAGUCGUGGGUGCCAUCCCGCCCGUAAUGGGCUGGACAGCCUGCGGAGGAGCGCUCUUCCCUUCCCAAGCACACCCAAUCACCUUCCACCUCCCUCCAUUCUUCCAAGCCAUCUUCACCCCUCCUCCAGACGGCUUCCUCCCCCCCGACUCAGGGAUCCUGCCCGUCAGCACAGUGCUUGACACCCUGCAAGCAGCGGACAACCCCCUCGCCGCUCUGGCGCUCUUUGCCCUCCUCUUCUCAUGGCAGUUCCCCCACUUCAACCCCCUUGCCCACCUGACGCGGGACGGCUACGCCCGUGCUGGGUACCAGAUGCUAAGCGUCACCGAGCCGAAGCACAACGCCAUGGUCUCCCUUCGUCAUGCGACACUCCUUUUCCCCAUCUGCUCAGUCCUCAUCCCCCUUAGCGGCCUAACAACCUGGGCGUUCGCGCUCACGAGCAUCGUACCGAAUGCUUUUUGCCUCAGGGCGGCGUACACCUGGUGGCAGGCGGUCGAGGGCGGGCACCCGAGUGAGAAACUUGCCCGGAAAUUGUGGACGACCUGUCUGUGGUGGUUGCCUGUCAUUCUUGGGCUGAUGAUGUUCCAUAAACGGGAGAGCUGGUGGGGGGAAUGGAUGGCCGGAGCCCCUAAGAAGGCGGUAAACGAGGAGAGGGCUGUGAAGGAGGGGCAAAAGACCGCAUAGCAUUAUGCGGAAAGAGGAUGGAAAGCGUAAGGAGCACAAUGUACAACUAAACUAGCGCUGUGGGCGCACCACUCAUACAUAUGGUAAUGGCAUGGUGCUCAGCGCCUC